GAUUGGCUGGGACCUGCUCUGGGAUGGGGGCGAGGAGCUGGCCUGGGCCCCGGGGUAUUUAAGGAACCCGCGGCCCGGCCGACGCUGGGCCCCGCCCCUUUCCCUUCCCCGCGUCUGAUGUGGGGAUCCUAACUAUACCCCAGGGACCUACCUUCUCCUGGGACCCCAGCCCAGGGCCCAGCAGUUGGUUUGGACGCCGGACUCUAGCAUGCUGUAGGAAGUGCUAGAGCUGAGGCCCUGGGAAGGCCUUAGUGCCAGCCUGCUAGACUCACUGUGCGUGCUGACCUAGGUUACCCUUUUGGCGGGGUUUUCCCCAAAUAGCACCUUUUCUGUUACUGGCGCUAUGCCAGGCACUGGGGCUUCUUCGAAAGAUACCUUUCCAAUUUUCCAGGGUCAAGUUUGGGAGCCAGAUAUAACCAAAUAAUGCUCCUGCGAUAUAUACGUCAGUCCUCUAUGUGUGAACUACCUAACGGGCCGUUGCUAGGAAGGCUGAAGGAAGAAAGUGAUUGUCUGAAUUACACUUCUUGGAGAGGAUAAAGUGGAGAAGAGUUUUUCAGACAGACGGAACAGUUUGCAAGGCUGUGAACGAUUGACAGCGUAACUUGUGUGUGAAGAGGAGGAAAUACGGGGGCUCUUGUGCAUGGGAUGAGAUAAGAGGCUGGGAAAGUGGGCUGAGAUCCAGAUAGUGAGAGAUUUAACCCCCUAAAGGAGAUGGGUAGUUUUAAACCGGAGACUCAUACAAUCAGAUUUGCACUGUAGAAAGCCUUGUUGUUCUCUGAGUCAGCCUGUAGAAAACAAAUGUCUAUAAGCUGGUUAUGGACUCUUCAACUAAUGCCUGGGUACUCUUAUUGGGAAUUCUUAUGAAGAAGUAAUGGAAUUAGCCUAGUGAAAGUUAAUGAAGUCCUGAAAUGGAGAAAUGACAGCGUUACUGGAAAGAAGGAAAGUAUGCUGGAGUGAAUGGUGUGAAAACUCCAGAAUAAACUGAAUGUUGAGGGAGAAAGAGGUAACAAAGCUGAUUCCUAGGUUUUAGGCCUUUGGCAUUUGGAAAAUGUUGAUGCAAUAAAACCAUAAACUUGCAGGUUACAAAUUUAGUUUUUGUAUAUGAUGAAUUAAAGCUAUAAUGGAGUGGCCACAUAAAACUGUCCAGUAUAGAGUUGGAAAUGCAGAUCUGCAGCUCAGCCCCAGUGUUGUAGCUAGAGGUAAAAGUUUGAGUCAUUGGCAUAGAAGUACUGUAAUAUAUGGCAUCAGGAAGGAAGUAUUAAGAAAGAUGGGAAUAUUUGGGGGGAAUGGUUACAUUUAUGAAGCAGAGAGAGGAAUUGGUGGGAUAGCAAAAAAAGAGAUAGGGGAUAAUGUAUAAUAGUACAGAGUUCCAGCAACCAAGAAGACUCAGAAUCGAGAGAAGGGAAUUUUGAGGAAGUCCACUGGGACAAUUCAUGUAGAGCAUUUGGGGAGAGGGGGGGGAGAUUGCAUUUCUGAAGUAAGAAAUCAUUAGUGGGGCACCUAGCUAGGCUCAGUCAGUAGAGCAGGCAGCUCUUGAUCUUGGGGUCAUAAGUUUGAGCUCCGUGUUGGGCAUAGAGAUUACUUUUUUUAAAAAAGAGAUAAUUAGAGACCUUUUUAAAAAGCAAUUUUAGUAGAGUGAUGAGGUGAUGAUUUAUGAAAUAAUGGAGACCUCAAGUGGUUUGGUAUUAAAUGAAAAUGAGAAAAGGCCACUGGUGAAGUAUUUCACAAAGAAAAUUGACAGGCUUUAUUUGUUUACUCACCUAACAAAUGCUUAUCAAACUCAUUCCAGGACACUGUUCUAACUUCUUUAAGACAUUAACUUAAUUUUUAAUUUCCCAUAACAACCCUAAGAAAUAAUAUUACUAUUUGACAGAUGGGAACAAUGAAGCACAGUAGUUAAGUAACUAGCCCAGGAUCACACAGCUAGUGAGGGUUUUCAUCCUUGGAAAUACGGCUCCAGAAUCCACAGUUUUAUACACUGCACUAAGCAGUGACUGAAUAUGGAGUGAAAGGAGUGGGAAAAUUUUAAGCAAAGAUAGGUUCAUUGAUAAAAAAUGGAGAGGCUUGGAAGGAGAUCCUAAAUGAGAAGGUCUGCCAAAAUGUCUGAAAGAUCAGAUCUCCUUCACUUCAAGUUUGAAAAUUAUGGAGAUUCAAUGUUACAAAAAAUGAACAAAUUAAGAGAAGAGAAUAAAUUUUGUGAUGUUACAGUACUCAUAGAUGAUAUUGAGGUACAAGGGCAUAAAAUUGUGUUUGCUGCAGGUUCCCCCUUCCUAAGAGACCAGUUUUUACUGAAUGAUUCCAGAGAGGUGAAAAUCUCCAUAUUGCAGAGUUCCGAAGUGGGGAGACAAUUGCUCUUAUCCUGUUAUAGUGGUGUGCUGGAAUUCCCUGAGAUGGAACUGGUCAAUUACUUGACUGCUGCAAGUUUUCUUCAGAUGAGCCACAUUGUAGAACGGUGCACGCAGGCCUUGUGGAAGUUUAUAAAGCCAAAACAACCAAUGGAUAGUAAAGAGGGAUGUGAACCGCAGAGUGCUUCUCCCCAGUCAAAAGAACAGCAGGGAGAUGCCAGAGGCUCCCCAAAGCAGGAUUCACCUUGUAUUCAUCCAUCUGAAGACAGUAUGGAUAUGGAGGACAGUGAUAUUCAGAUUGUUAAGGUAGAGUCUAUUGGGGAUGUAUCCGAGGUUAGAAGUAAAAAAGAUCAGAAUCAGUUUAUUUCUUCUGAACCCACUGCUUUACAUUCAUCAGAGCCCCAGCAUUCCCUGAUAAAUUCAACUGUGGAAAACAGAGUAAGUGAAAUAGAACAAAACCAUCUCCACAAUUAUGCCCUCUCUUACGCAGGCAGUGAUAAUAUCAUCAUGGCCUCAAAAGAUGUCUUUGGGCCUAAUAUUCGAGGUGUAGACAAAGGCCUACAGUGGCAUCACCAGUGCCCAAAGUGUACCAGGGUGUUUCGUCACCUGGAGAACUACGCCAACCAUUUAAAAAUGCACAAACUCUUUAUGUGUCUACUCUGCGGCAAGACUUUUACUCAGAAAGGCAACCUUCAUCGACACAUGCGUGUACAUGCCGGCAUUAAACCUUUCCAGUGUAAGAUCUGUGGGAAAACCUUUUCUCAGAAGUGUUCCUUACAGGAUCAUCUUAACCUUCACAGUGGAGAUAAGCCCCAUAAGUGUAACUAUUGUGACAUGGUUUUUGCACAUAAGCCAGUUUUGAGGAAACAUCUUAAACAGCUGCAUGGCAAAAACAGCUUUGAUAAUGCCAAUGAAAGAAAUGUGCAAGACCUCACAGUGGAUUUUGAUUCUUUUGCAUGUACAACAGUCACAGACUCUAAAGGGUGUCAGCCACAGCCUGAUGCAACACAGGUCCUGGAUGCAGGUAAACUGGCCCAAGCGGUCUUGAACUUAAGAAAUGAUAGUACUUGUGUGAAUUGAGUAGGGGCUUUAUGCUCACAACUUAGAAUGGAUUGAAAACGUGGCAAUACUCUCAAGUCUUUUUAGGAGCGAUUUUGCUAGUGUGAUUUCUCCAAAGCCUCUGUGUGAGUCAUAGGGGUGAGUCAAAGCACUAAUAGACCAGGCAACUUACCACUUGGAGUGGUUUUGCCUUCCUUUUGCCCUCUCUCAUUCUGUGUUUUGAAUUAUUUAUCCUGUGAUGUCUGUUUUCCUUUUCCAAGGAGUAUUCCAUUUGUCUACCUAACAUUGACUUUUGUCUUAGACUAACACUAUUUUAGGCUUUUCACUGGGCACAUUCUGAAGGUACCAGUAAGUUAAUAACAUCACCUACAGUCCACUGAUAGACGCUAUUUUAAGAGAAGCGAAUAGUGGGGGCUUUUUUUAUUUUGGUUUUUUGGUGGUUUGUUUUUUGUUUGUUUUUUGUUUGUUUGUUUUUUUUUUUUUUUUUGGCAAAAAAUAGGCUGAGAUAUAAGGUGACAGUGCUCUUGGCCUGUAUAUGUGAUAGAGCUUCCAGUUGCCUAUUGUUGAUUGCCUACUGAUAAUGAAUCUGCCUCCUACCAUUUGUACUUGUCUUGAAGCUGGCUAUGAAGUAUUUGGGGUUGUUAUGGACUGUCUUCAACAGUAUUAUGGCCCAACUUCAUGUCACUGAGUUGUUCACAGAGACAAGAGUACAGUCUUUUCAGCAACACCUACAGACAAAUAGGGAUCAGCAUGAGGAGCCUAAUUAACAAAGAACAGAAGUACAAUUGUUCAAUAGCACUUACGUAGCAAGUCUUCCCAAAAAGAAGCCAAAUGCUUAUAAUUAAUGUGUAACUUAUUUGUGGAUGUAUUUGAAGUCAAGAUUGCUCCAGGCACAGUUAAAAUGUGCCAAAGUAUAAUGGUCUCUCUAAAAAGGGGCUAUUUAGGAGUCCAUCUCUGGACUUUGUUUAAGAGGUUAGCCAUCAGAAAGGUGAAUUUGGCCUUCAGAGUUUUGUCUGGUGCAAUAUAAUCUCUGAAUUCCCAUCUCUUACAACUACUACACUAGUUUCUAAAAUGGAUGAAAAAAGUAGAUCAUAGCAGAGCAAUGAAGUUUUUGCAUUCAGAUAUUCCUGUAAAGGUACACAGUCCCAUCUUGCCAUGUUUAAUAGAUCACGAAUACAAAAUUAAUCUUCCAAUAUGGGAAAACACACUUGUUUUUCCUAAAGCACAUAUUAUAGUUCAGAAAUAAAAUUUUGAGUCUUAGUAGCUUUUAACUCAUGAGUUAGAUUUAGGUAAUAGUCCUAGAGUCCUUAGAGAAUCUUAAGAGAUCAUAUACUUGACCUCUUUUUUUUUUUUUAAGUUGGGGUAUUGGGGUAUCCAAAGCUCAAAGAGGUGGCCUGGCCAAAGUUGGCCAUAGUAGAGAAGUGACUAAGAAUGAGCUAAUGUCUCCUUAUUUCUCACUAUCUCUUGGCUUAAAAAGAUUUAGUACAUGAUCAAGAGUAUAUUAGCAAAAAGCUCCCAGUUUGUGCUUCACUUUUGGGAACACUGUUGGCUUUUUGAAACAGCCCAGAUUUUGCAAACAAAACAUUGCAGGAAGGAGGUAUUUUUAUUAAUUAUUUUUUGGUUGGAAUGAAUAUACCAUUCUUCUCAAGGAAGUGACUGGUCAGGGAGGGAAAGGACAAGUAAGAAUAAUGUGAGAAGGAUCCAAAUGUGAAACUGAUGUUGUCUGGAAGCAGUGUUUAUUUUCCAUCAGGAUUUUCUGUUUUUAUUUUUGAGCUACAAGAAUGCAUGUACAGGUAAACCAAAACUGAAGUUUAACUUGAGUAGUCACAGGGAAUUCUUAAAGUUGUUAUAAUUUGAUGCAUUUACAUGUGAACCUGAUUUGGGGUAUAAUUUCUACCUUUUGUUAAAACACUUAAAUGAGAAUAAAAUUGAGUGAUAAGACUAAUAGGUAUCUUAUGCCUAAAGUCACUCAUUUUUAUGUUCUAAUGAUGCUACCUAGCAUUCUGAUUUUUAUAUGAUCCAGCCAAAGAGUACCAAUCUAUGCAACAGAUGUUAGUAUAUUAACCAAUGUUUCUCUGAACAUCAUUUCAUCAAAGGGAAAUUUCAAGUUGGAGUGCUUCCUUUGCUUACAUUCAUGUCCUGUUUUUGUUACUUGUUUCAAGACUGUAAGGCAUGGGUUCAAAUAAGAUUGGUCUCUUUGGUUGGAGACUAUCUCUGGGUUCAUUCAAUCAGUUGAGAAACAUUGGGCACCUUCAUUACCAGGCAUUAUGCUAGAUACUGAGGAUAUGAAGGUAAGAUUCCUGCAGUUCCUGCCCUCACAGAGCUUAUGGUUUCAUAUGGUUUUAUACAGUCUUAUGUGGUCUUAGAUAAGGUGAUUUAAACUGGGAAUAAUAAAGAAAAUGCCCUGCCUCCUUUCACUUAAAAUCAGUAUCUUGAUGGUUUUUCAUCAGUAAACUUCUAGUUCUCACCAUUUGCAACUGCAAACCACUGAAGUGAUUUACAGUCUCCUCCAUUUCUUGGCUGGAGAGGUGUUCUGUUUCUGUGAGACAUUUUCUUAAUUUUGGUGGGACUUGACUUUUUUCCCCUUGUUUAUAUAUGUUUCUUAGAUUGUAUUGCAAAGUGGUCAAAAUAACUGGUAUCAAAUUCAUUUUAUAAGGGAAGAUGACUUUCAAAAUUAGUCAUAUUCUUAUAAAGGAGGAAGAUUUCUUAAAACUUUAGUCAUUCUGCAUUUAUAUUUUAUGGAUCCCCAGGAUAACUAAAAAGGACUCUCUUUCAUAGUUUGUUUUUUAAAUUACCUUGUCACCGUUAUUUAUUUAUUAUUUAAUUUUAAAGACAAACUCCUAACUGAAGUGGCUCUGAGGUAAAUCAGAUGUGGUUUUGUUUUACUUUAUUAGAAGAUCUAUAAACGGAGGGUGACCAAUGUCACCACUUCUAAAAUAUUGUCCUAAACAAACCAGAAUAUUUUAUUUCAGCUGGCGAAUAGCUGUUCUAAAUCUGUUGUAUGUUAGACAUACUAUGAACUACCUCUUCACUUAUUAUGGGGAAGUUUCCUUAAUAAAAGUGUGAAAAUUAUA